AUGGAGACUUCAUCGGUGGAUGGGACCGUGGGAAUUAUCCCGGCAGGGGGAGAAGGAGAUUUAGUUGCUGGUAUUCGAGACAUCAUCGAAAAAGGACUUCAGUGCUACGGACUUCAACAGUCAGCGAUCAACGUGACUUUAGAGAUGGAUGCAGUGAAGGCAUUCAAUCAAGAGCUGAGCUCGGUGUACCAAAGCAAGCCUCCCAUCUCGAAGGUGAAAAUGACAUCCAUCACCAAGAGUGCCAUCAAGGCUAUCAAGUUUUACAAGCAUGUUGUGCAGAGUGUUGAGAAAUUCAUUCAGAAGUGUAAGCCAGAAUUCAAGGUGCCUGGUUUGUAUGUGAUCGACUCAAUUGUGAGGCAGUCCCGGCACCAAUUCACACCUGAGAAGGAUGUGUUUGCACCACGGUUUGCCAAAAACAUCAUGGUCACCUUUGUGCACUUGUUCAAGUGCCCAUCAGAAGACAAGAGCAAGGUGAUUCGAGUACUGAACUUGUGGCAGAAGAACAGUGUUUUUCAGCCAGAAGUGAUUCAGCCCCUUUUUGACCUAGCAGAUCCUGGUCACCCAAUGCACAAGGAGGUGGAAGCCAAGAUGAUGGCUAAGCAACAACAGAAGGGCCCUGGUAUCUCAGUGCGCAUGGAUCUUUAUUCUGAUGUAAACAUGGAACUGGAGCAGAAUGUUGUAGUCUUUCUCUUCCUCUUUCUGUAUUUAUUGCAGAACAUAGAGGGGACUAAUCAUAGUUCCCAGCCACUGGAGCCAAAGCUCUUGCAAAAGCUUCAUGAGCUUCAGCAACUCUUACAGCAACAGAAUGAGAACCAGCAGACAUCACAGCAGCAGACUCUGCUUCACCCAUCCCAAAAUAGCCAUGAGCCACCAGUGAAGUUCAACCGGAAGCUGCUGGACUUUGACUAUGGGGAAGAAGAUGAGGACGACCGAACAUCCCCAGGCUCGCACUCACAUCAUGGCAUGACCCCACAACAAACACAGCAGCAUCAUCACCCUAAUCAGACUCAGUCUCAGUCUGGCAUUGGGGCAAAUGCACAAAUCCUCGAUCAAGCACUUGGCCAGUUGUUGUCAAAUCCAGAUUUGCUGCGUCAGCUGCAGGGUCUUCAGGGAAGUGUUCCAUCAACAGAAUCUGCUCAGGCACCCAUCUCCCAUGCUCAACCUGCUCCACCUCCCCCCAAUGAGGACUCCAAUUCAAUGCCAGUGCCAAGGGAAGCGAGUCCACCUCCAUCCAUCAGCUUCCCACCCUUCAAUCACACUGGUGACUUCGAUCAUCGACAGAUAUAUAGCACUCCAUUUGGUGUUGAUACCAGUCGGCCUCCUCCAGGAUAUGUCUUGGGAGAUUCUCAGGUGCAGGGAGAGACACGGGAUGACAUGAUCCCUGGGCAGGAUAUCCCCGAGCCAGAUCAAGAAGCCAGGCAUCAUAAGAGGUCAUCCUCUCCACCUCGUAGUUCAUCUCGGAGUCGGCGAAGAAGGCAUACCCGCUCCCGUUCUCGAGAGCGCCGGAAUCACCGUUCAAGAAGCCGAUCUCGGGAUCGUGGAAGACGGAAACGAUCCCACUCUCGGUCUCGACGAGAUGAAUCACGGGAGCGGGAGAAGGAGCGCCAACGAGAAUGGGAGAGGGAGAGACAAAGAGAGAGGCGGAAAAAGGGAUUGCCCCCCAUUCGGGAUCGCCAUGUCAGCAUCUGCAGUACAACCCUGUGGGUGGGGCAUGUGUCCAAGUUGGUGCAUCAGGAUGAGCUCAGCGACUUGUUUGGCCAAUUUGGGGAAAUUGUGUCUAUUGACCUUAUCCCUCCACGUGGCUGUGCCUUCAUAUGUAUGAGUCGACGCCAGGAUGCCCACCGUGCCCUUCAGAAGCUCAAAAACUAUAAGCUCCAGUCCAAGGCCCUUACUAUUGCUUGGGCUCCAGGAAUUGGGGUGAAGGGGAAGGAGUACAAAGACUAUUGGGAGAGUGACCUUGGAGUUUCCUAUAUCCCAUGGGAUAAGGUAUCCCCUGACAUGGAGCUUGGGAAACUAGAAGAAGGUGGUAUCAUUGAUGAAGAAACACUCCCUGACUGGCUUCGAGCUGCAUAUGAUGGCCUACGCGAGCAGCAGCAACAAGAACUGCAAAAACAGCAGCAGCAGGUGCAACCUCAGGAGGUGGAUCUGCAAGCAUCUCCCAUAAUGCCACAGGGUGAAGCACUGCUUCCUGUCUUGCCACCCACUACAAUUGGAAUCAGUCAGCAGAACCAGAUACCUAUGCCACAGUCAACACCAUUGUCCAACCUUGGGAUCCCCAUGCCUGCUGAUGUUGCAGCCACUAUUCCCCCAUCUCGGCUACCUGGUCUCCCACCUUCACCGAUGGUCAACCCAUUCCUGCUACAAGGGUUGGGAGGGAAUGCACCAGGAAUGUUGGGACCUGUACCAGGGUUGGGUGUCCCUCCACCCCAGUUCUCUGGCCUCAUUUCUACAAAUCCUCUCCUUGGUCCACGGAUCCUCAGUGGACUCCCCCCCUUGCCUCCUCCAGGGACAGGAACUGCAGGACCAGGAGGGAUGGGGAUGACACCAUUCUUGGCCCCUCCUGGGCCAGGGUCAAGGGGACCUGGAGGGGAGCCCCUUUUGCCUACCCCCCCCUUUCCAGUACCUGCCCCAUUCCCAUCUUCUAUGUCAGAAGUCCCUGCACUCCCAAGCUCUGCCCCAAGUGAAGGAGACCAUAUGGGGGGUGUAGAAUCAAGAGAGGUAGACAUGGAUUUGGAUGAUGGAGAAGUAAGACUUCCUGAAGAGGAAACUCAGCUCAACAAUUUGGAAGUGAGGGUGCAAGAGAGUGGACGGGAGGGCACAGAGGAGUGGCGCCCCCGAGGGGGGGGUAGACGCCGCGCAUCCCGUUGGGGUGACCGAGAUGAUGAACCCAGGGACAUGGCUAGUGAUGAUCGCUGGGGCCCCCGCCAUGGACCUCGAGAGUGGAACCAAGAGAACGAGGGAGAUCGUUGGGGUCAGGAGCGGGACUGGGACCAGGAGCGGGAUCGUGAUCGGGAUCGAGAUAGGGAUAGGGAUCGGGAUAGGGAUCAUGAUCGUGAUGGGUUCUACCGAGAUCGGGAUCGGAAUUGGCGGGAUCGGAGAAGGGAAUUUCCCCGCCGUGGACGAGCCUUCAAUGAGGAGAGUGAGCAACCUGAAGGCCCCGAGAUCCCCCUGUCAGAGCGCUUGAUGGAGUUGUGUCACUCUAGUGACCCACCACCUACACUUCCUAGCAUGGAACCUCCCAGAAUUGGGAGUAGGCUGAGCACAUCUCCAUCUCUUAUCUCCAUAGGGAGGAGUAUGAUCCAGGAGAGAUGGAUUUUCCACCACAUCAUCAUUCACUGGGUCCUCGAUUUUUUGGCCCCCAUGGUGGCCCACGAGGAUUUUCCAGGUUCCCUGGGCUACAAGGACCUCCAGAUUUUGGCCCCAUGGGACCACAUGAUGGAUUUGGGUCCAGAGGACCACCAGAGCGCUUUGGUCCCCGAGGGCCUCGAUUUGGCCCAAGAGGACCUAGAGGGAUGUGGGGACCCAGAGGUGGAAGAGGGGGCCGCUUUGGGCCUGAUGGAUUUGAUUCUUCACAGUAUGGACCACCUGAUGGCCCACAAUUUGGACCUCCCAAUGUCCCAGAUGAUGAUGGAUGGGAAGGUCCUCCUCAUCUUCCCCAGUUUGGUCGAGGGGGACGAGGACGUCGAGGGAUUCGUCCCCGCUCCUGGCGGGAUCGGUGGGAUCGUGAAGAUGACCAUCCACCUCCAACUUCUCCAAGGGAGGAGUCACUUGUGCAUGGUGAUGAAAGCAAACCAGCAGACUCAUCUGGCCCAGACCAGGUUGAGCCUGAACCCCAUCCUCCUGAGGAACAACAUCUCAGUUCAGAACCUACUGAAGAUGUGGAACAGUUUCAAAAUCCACCUCCACCUGAAGAAACCCCGGUUCAAGCAGACUCAGCACUUGAGGGGAAAAGUGCCGAUGAUUGAUUUCCCUGAUUGCAGCAUCCAUCAUGCUGUUCAGCUCGAAUAUGAACUCAAGUCUUACGCACCAAGCUUGCAGCUUUGA